AUGGCUAGCCACAUCAUCGGAAACCGCAACAGCACUCCGGACGCUACCAAAUCCACCACCCUUCGACCUCCAUCCUCGUCUCGCAACCUCGGUACACAUCAGCUUCGAGCCUCCGCCGAUAUGUCGGGUUUUCCCUCUCCGCUGUCCUCGCGCAGCAUCCGUCCCUCGUCUGAAGUGUUCUUUAACCAGCAGUCUCAGACGCCGAACAACACAGAGGACCCUCUGGAUCGGGCGGCGCAGCAGUGGCUGGCUGAUAUCGAUCAGUAUGAAACCACACUGGAAGAGAUGGCGGCCGCUACGCUGGACCAGGAUUUCAAGGAUGAACUGAGCGCCAUCGAACAGUGGUUCCGUGUCCUCAGCGAGGCAGAGAGAACCGCUGCGUUGUAUGCUUUGUUGCAGCAGACCACUCAGGUGCAGAUUCGUUUCUUCAUCCAGGUCUUGCAGCAGAUGGCCAAGAGCCAUCCCAUGUCGGGAUUGUUGUCUCCGGCCAACUUUGGUGAAAAAGAUGCCAUGUCCAACCGCCUGAACGAUGCCAUGUCAAAGCUGAACGUGGAUACUUCCCGGAACUCCCUGGGACGCCCUCCCCCUUCUCCUGGCGCUAAGCGGAAUUCUGGUCUCGAUUCCUCGACCAUCAACGCUAUGUUCCCCGAUGCCGCAGCCGCGAUCGCCAAGAAGAAGGCCGAAUUCACUCAGCAGACGGGCAACGCACCCCCCUCGAACCGGAACAGUGCCGUUUUUGGUGAUCGGACUUCUUUCGUUGCGCCGACCAUUUCUGCUCCGGACAAUAGUGCGGACAGCCUGGGACAACCCCCGGUAUCCCCUUGGACCCAGCGAGGCUCUGAACCCCAGCCUCCCAUUGCUCGGCCCAAGUCGUCGUCGGGUCAUCAGCCUAUGGGCCAGUUCAGCCAGUCUGGCUUGCGUUCUCCUCUGCCCACGCAGACUGCCACGAUUCCCGCUCCCGACAUCGAAGCGCCGUUGCUGUCGCCCUACAAUGUUGGAAAUGCCAGCUGGGCCUCCAUGACCAACACCCCUAUGACGGCGACGUUCGGCCAACAGCAGCAGCAACCGCAGCAGAACUCGCAUGCCGAUAUGGUGGCUAAUGCGACGGCCAUGAAAUUGGCAGCUUUGUCCACUGUGAACAAUCGGAUUGCUCUGGACGAUGCUCGCAAGUACCGGCGGGCUCGCUCCAACGACGGGCAAGGAAAGAACUCCAAUGUCAAUGUCAGCCAGCCCAUGUCUCAGGGAGGCCUGGCGAGCCCUGGUCUUCCGGGCCCGAAUCAGCUGGUUGCUGGUCAGCUUCUGAAUGCUCAGCAGCUCGCCGCCUUGCAGGCGCAGCAGCAAGCCUCGAUGGCUGGCCGCCGUUCGCGCCCGACCUCUCCUGGCAUCGCCAUGCAGGGUGGUGCUCUCGGAGCGAUGGGAUUCACAUCACCCCAGAACAACGGCUUCUUGGCGGCCUAUGACCCGAACAACCCGCUGAUGGGCAAUGGCCUGGGAGCCCUGGGAUUAGGACAGUUUGGUCUUGGAGGUCACGAGGGCUACCUGUCCGAUCACUCGGAAGUCGCCCGGGGACGCUCCCCGCGCGGUCGCCGUGGUAGCUCGAAGCCACCAGAGGAUCCCACGGACCCGAACCUGCUGAAAGACAUUCCCAGCUGGCUGAGAUCUUUGCGGUUGCACAAGUAUACGGAGAACCUGAAGGAUCUGAAGUGGACGGAAUUGGUGGAACUCAACGACAAGGCGUUGGAAGAGCGGGGUGUGAAUGCUCUCGGGGCGAGAAACAAGAUGCUCAAGGUCUUUGAACAAGUGAGGGAAGCCAAGGCCGAGGGCAAGCUCGAUAACAUUCUGUGA